AUGUAUCGAUCAAGAUCUCUACAUCUCCAAGGACUUAGUAGGAACUUCUCGAGGAUAUUUGGUAGACAAAUACAUGGUUUACUGAGUUCCAUAGGAGAAAAACCAUCAAAUACCCUUACAGAUAUCAAUGCACAUAGAAUUCAAGGUUCAGAAGAUGGACCAAAAGCACAACAUGAACGAGUCAAUAGGAUCCUUUUAAAGACACAGAAUCUGAAAAGAGGUAGUUUGGAUGAAUGUAGACAAGAGAAUAUCCGGUUCUUAGAUAUUUCAAAAGCACUUCAGAUUCAUAGUAAGCAACAUCAACCAUUGAUGAUAGAUCAAAUAGAGAAUGAUAUACAGAUCAUAGAUAAUUUUCUCCACAAAAAUAGACCCGAAGUGGAGAUUAAGGACGUUCAAAUCAUCUUCGAAACUGUUGAAGGAGAAGGAGUUGGUAUUGUCAGACAUGAAUAUGAAAACACAGUUAAACAUACAGUAGUUUGUGUUCCUAAGACAGUUGAAGGAGAUAUAGUGACAUUAAGAUUGAGGAUGCAUCACAAGUUUUAUGCUGAGGGCCAUCUAGUCACUGUACAGACUCCUUCUGCCAAAAGAAAUGAUAGUCUCAUUGAUUGUCAUCAAUUCAAUUCAUGUAAUGGCUGUCAACUUCAAAUGGUCAGUUACGGAGAUCAACUCCAUUUCAAAAGGGAAGUACUUCAUAGAGCUUAUGAAUAUUUCUAUCCCAAUGUUUUCAGUCAAAUACCACCUCCCAAUAUGGGAUCCAUAAUAGCUUCACCAAAAGAGUAUAAUUAUAGAACCAAAUUGACACCUCAUUACAAGUGGAGAAAUAGCUUCUUGGGUAAAGAAGGAUACAAACCUCCUAUUGGGUUUGAGAACGUCAAACCUUCAGAACCUCUUGUAGAUGUGGAGAAAUGUUCUAUUGCUACCAGGACUAUUAAUGACCAAUUAUCCAAAUUUAGAGAAAACGUCUACAGGGAGUUGGCCAACAAAAAGAAGACUAAGAAGAAUGCUUCCACUGGACUUCUCAGAGAAAGUAUCGAUAUUAACUUGGAUACCGGUGAUUUUUCUUUGACUACAAUAACUGACAACAAGAAAUUAGUGACGGAGAAGGUUGAAGAUAUAGUUUAUCAAUUUCCAGCAGGAGAAUUCUUUCAGACCAACAAUUCCAUUUUACCAGUGAUCCUUCAACAUAUCAGAAGUCACUUGAAAGAGAUAGACUACCUGAACAUCAUCGAUACUUAUUGUGGAUCAGGAUUCUUUGGAAUUGCAUUAGCCAAAGAUCUCCCAUCAAAAGGGAAAGUCUUUGGUGUCGAAAUUUCAUCCGUGGCUAUCAAGUAUGCUCAACAUAAUGCCAAAAUUAACGGACUAACCGAUGAUAGAGUCAUGUUUGUUAGUGGAACGGCUGAUACUAUCUUCAGCAAUAAUCAACUUCGUAAAGUCAAAGGUAAAGAUUCGGUAGUCAUCAUGGAUCCUUCAAGAAAAGGAUCUAAUAUUGAUUUCCUCAAACAAAUGUUGGAAUUUAAACCCAAAAUGAUUAUUUAUGUCAGUUGUAAUGUCUUUACUCAAGCAAGAGAUUUGAGACAAUUUCAUGAACUUCAAAAAGAUAAUAUUCAAUACAGAGUCAAAGAGAUAACAGGAUUCGAUUUCUUUCCUCAAACCAAACAUGUAGAAGGACUUGCAGUAUUAGAAUUAUGUACAUAG